AUGGCGUCGGCUAGCAGCUCCAAACCUUUCUCCACGUUGUCGCGGAGCAAGGUCGAUUGUUUAGAUGAGCUGCUCGCAUCCACUGCAGAUGUAGACGAUUUUGUAGCCGCACUCCCUGUUAAAGAAAUGCGAGAUAUUGACAAGAACCUCUCUCUCCGCGGAGAGAAUUAUCUUCAUGAUUACCUGUGGAUGAUGAGGUGGCUAAGGACGUGUAUGGAGCUAUCGGAGGUGUACCUACUAUCGGUCACCAGCGUGGCUGAAGGUGAAGCCGAAGGACUUGACUCCAAAGACGUUGACGUCAAAGCGGUUCCCUUUUCGUCU